GGAGGAGCCAACUCUGCAGAGGAGCUUCUCCCGGCCCAGUAUGGGUCCUGUCGCCCCGCUGCCCCACCAUGAGACAGAGCUCCAGCAUUAGAGCUACUGCUCCUCUCUCCCUCUGCUGGCCACUGCGCAGCUCUGACUCGCUCUGCUCCAGUAGUAACAGGAGCACAGACGGCAAGAUGUCAUCCUCUUCCUCCACCUCCUCCUCUACCACCGAUGGACAAGGGAAGCCUAAACCUAAAUCCCCGUUUCGCAAGAGGGGGAGUUUGCAGAGCACCACCAGCCCUGAUCUGUGUGGUGCAUCUGGGCCCAAGCCCCUCAGGCCCCAGCGAUCCCUCCCAGGGACGCCUGUUUCUCUCACACACUACCCCAUUGACCUGCGAACAUCCAUGGAGGAAAAGUACAAAGAGAUUGCUCAGGAGCUGUUCACGCGCAGCAUGGCAGAGAGCGAGAUGCGAAGCGCUCCUUAUGAGUUCCCAGAGGACAGCCCUAUUGAACAGCUGGAGGAGAGACGGCACCGCCUCGAGAGGCAAAUCAGCCAGGACAUUAAGCUUGAGCCAGAGAUCUUGCUCCGUGCCAAACAGGACUUCAUGAAAAUCGACAGUGCGGCAGACCUAGAGUUAAUGAAGGAGCAGAGUGUGGACACAGUUGAUGACGGCUUUAAGGGGAGGGAAAUGCCAAUGGAGCGAGAGUACCAGCGGGUCUCAAUAUCUGGAGAGGAAAAGUGUGGGGUGCCUUUCACUGACCUGGUAGAUGCUGCUAAGUGUGUGGUGAAGGCGUUAUUCAUUCGGGAGAAGUACAUAAACCGAUCCAUGCAGAGCUUUUGUAAGACCACAACUCACGCCUUACAGGACCUCGGGAUGAAGCCUCUGGAUCUGAGAGUCUAUGAUGACAUACCGGAGACCCCUGUAGAUGCUGAUGCCCCCGUCCACCCACCUGUUUCCGAGACACACCCCUAUGACAAUCAGGACCCCAAGAAUAUGCCACCAGACACUGGAUAUGGGUGCAAGAUGGUGGAUGGAGUAGUCCGUGUCUACACCAAGAAAAACAACAUGGAAAGCACAGAACUGGACCUGCCGUAUCCUGACCUGAAGGAGUAUAUUGCAGACAUGAAUGUUAUGAUGGCCCUCAUCAUCAACGGGCCAGUGAAGUCUUUCUGCUACCGCCGCCUCCAGUACCUAAGCUCCAAAUUCCAGAUGCACAUCCUCCUGAAUGAGAUGAAGGAGUUAGCAGCUCAGAAGAAGGUUCCUCAUAGAGACUUCUACAAUAUACGAAAGGUGGACACACACAUACAUGCGUCAUCCUGCAUGAACCAGAAGCACCUGCUGCGAUUCAUCAAGAGAGCCAUGAAAAAAUAUCCCGGGGAGAUCGUUCACAUUGAGCGUGGCCGGGGUCAGACCCUCAAGGAAGUGUUUGAGACCAUGAACCUGACAGCCUUCGACCUGAGUGUUGACACUCUCGACAUGCAUGCGGACCGUAACACGUUCCAUAGGUUUGACAAGUUCAAUGCCAAAUACAACCCCAUAGGAGAAUCCAUCCUCAGAGAGAUUUUCAUCAAGACUGACAACCACGUUGAAGGAAAAUACUUUGCCCACAUAAUCAAGGAGGUGAUGUUUGACUUGGAGGAGAGCAAGUACCAGAACUCUGAGCUACGUCUGUCCAUCUAUGGCCGCUCCCGAGAUGAGUGGGACAAGCUGGCCCAGUGGGCCGUCAAACACCGAGUGUACUCUGAUAAUGUGCGCUGGCUUAUCCAGGUGCCACGUCUAUUUGAUGUGUACCACACAAAGAAGCAGCUGGCUAAUUUCCAGGAGAUGUUGGAGAAUAUCUUCUUACCUCUGUUUGAGGUCACGAUCAACCCCCGCAGUCAUCCUGAGCUGCAUCUCUUCCUGGAACAUGUGGUGGGUUUUGACAGUGUGGACGAUGAGUCCAAACCUGAGCACCACAUUUUCAACCUUGACAGUCCUCUGCCAGCCAACUGGACAGAAGAAGACAACCCACCCUACUCCUACUACCUCUACUAUACUUACGCCAACAUGACUGUGCUCAACCACCUGCGAAGGCGUCGAGGAUUCCAUACAUUUGUCCUGCGACCUCACUGUGGGGAGGCGGGGCCGAUCCACCACCUGGUGUCAGGUUUCAUGUUAUCAGAGAACAUCUCCCAUGGGCUGCUGCUCAGAAAGGCUCCAGUGCUGCAGUAUCUUUACUACCUGGCUCAAAUUGGCAUUGCCAUGUCACCACUGAGUAACAACAGCCUGUUCCUCAGUUACCAUCGCAACCCACUGCCGGAGUACCUGUCCAGAGGCCUCAUGGUCUCUCUGUCCACUGAUGAUCCCCUUCAGUUCCACUUCACUAAGGAGCCUCUGAUGGAGGAGUACAGCAUUGCUACUCAGGUGUGGAAACUGAGUUCCUGUGACAUGUGUGAGCUGGCAAGAAACAGUGUCCUCAUGAGUGGGUUUUCACACAAGGCCAAAAGUUACUGGUUGGGCCCCAGUUAUUCCAAGGAGGGUCCUGAAAGCAACGACAUCCGUCGCACCAACGUCCCUGAUAUCCGUGUGGCAUACCGCAGCGAGACGCUCUCUGAGGAGCUUAAUCUCAUCACUCAUGCCGUGCGCACAGAGGAGCUGGACACUAUUGAUGAGGAGGACUCUCUGUCCAUGGGCCCUCUGCCAGGACAGCGCUGAAACCACAGUCAUCCUGUCUCAUCCUGUAAACCCACAACCCUGUGGUCCACCUAGCAUGACACUGAACAGGCAUGGUGCGAGAGUAAUUCUGCUGUUCAUUUUACAUAAAGUAUAAACACCAUCAACCAUCACUAUAGAAGUAUGCCGCACACUGACAGCUGCACUGUUAUCAAAAAGCCAAGGAUACAGUGCUGCCAGAGCACUUGAGCUUCGACAUCCUUCAACUUCUUGUGUCCAAAUCAUUUUUAUGUUGCAGGAAAAUAUGUUACAUCCAUAUUAUUGUUAAAAUGUUUAAUUUGAGGUUCUCCCCAGCUCUUUUUUUUAGUAUCCCUGUAAUGUUCAAUCUGAGUCAGCAUGAUGAUGGUUAGCAGAUGCACCAGCAGGGAAACACUAGAAGCCAGUGUUUACGUCACCAGACCCACGAGGACAAUACUCUCUUUAUUUCUCCAUCCAGUCCAUGAGUCAGGCUGUCCAUCCUGUCCUGCUGCAGCCAACAAAUGAUCCCUGCAACAUUUCCUGUCAUUCACUGAAAUGUUUUCAUCAGAGAUAUUAUAUUAUCUCUGUCGUAUUUACAGAAACACAGAUAACCUGCACAUUUAAACUUUCCUAACAGCAAACCUGUUCUGAAUGUUGCUUAUAUUCCACUGUACAGUCAUGCUGCUUAAAUAACCUUAGUGUUUCUAUCAUCUUCAUUAUACAAACUUAGAAUGACUACAGAUGCAGCUUUAUUGGAAUAAUGCUGCGUUUGUUUGUGAAGGUGGGACAAACCUACACAACAAACUUUGGCAGGCCGCUUAAAGCUUGAAGAGACUAAAUCAGAGUCCUAUAACAAGAGGCGAUAGCUUCAGUCUGACUGCUGCAGUGCUGAACAUCAGCCAUGCAUGGUGCUUGGUGUGGUUUCAGACCAUUUGUUCGCCAAAUUGCACACACACAAUCGUUCUUCCGUGAUUUCGAUCAGCUCCUACAUUAACAGAAAAGAGAGAAACUCCAUAACAAUCAAGUGAAGACAGAAGCAGACUUUCUGUGGUCGACAGCAAACAUUCCAUGAAGUAAACUACUUUUAGCUGCAAAAGAAUUGAGUCCCAGUAAGAAAAUCUUUUUUGUUUUGAUAUUUUCUGCAAGAGAUAUAAAGGGGAAAUGUGUAUUAUAGAUUGUAACUUGAGCACAAGUUAGUGUGAAUGAAUUCAGCAUCGCCCAAGGAGAAAGCCCUCACCUUUACCUCACUGUGGCCAUGAAGACAUGGGCCCUCUGUCCCUCCGAGGGUCCUGCUCACACUCAUUCCUUCCCCAGUGAAUGAACUACAAAGCCGUGGAGUUUUUUUCCCUUUGCAUGCAGUGCACUGUACAUAUGCACCAAGCCAAGAUUCACAGUGCCUUUUCAUUUUUAGCUUUUGGGCACUGCAUGCCCAUGUUUCUCCAAACUGUUUACAUGUAUAAAGGUUUGCUCUUUACCACGCAACAAGUAUUGCAUAUAUCUUUCCUCACUCAUAUACAGUAGGCCUCUUUGCUGUUGUAAUAAUCACGCAGAUGGAACUGAAACCACCUAGCUGCAUGCUUGGUGUAAAAUAACUUUUACCUUGGCCUUCACUUGAGGAGGAAAGUUGAUUUGUUUCUAGUUCUCUGCUCAUAAGUGCUUUUUUUUUUUUUU